CGGCAGGCGUGUGAACAGUGUGUGCUGUGGGUGGGUGCUCUCUUUAUUACCCAGGUAUUAUAAGUGUCCUGUAGUGAUGGGAAGGCAGCUCCACAGAUGAAUUGUGCCACUUUGAUGACAGGCUGGAGAGCCUUCUUGUGCUAAGUAGCGCCGUUUCCAUACCACACUGUGAUGGAGUUUGUCAGGAUGCUCUCCACUGUGCAUCUGUAAAAAUUGCUGAGGAACUUGGAGGAUAAUCCAAAUUUCCUCAGCUUCCUUAAGAAGAAGAGUCUCUGUUGAGCCUUCUGGAUAAUCUGCACUGUGUUGUAGGUCCAGGUGAGAUCUUCACUGAUGUGAGUGCCGAGGAAUUUGAAGGUCUUCACCCUCUCCCGUUGAUGGAUAAUGGAGCAUGCUGGUCUCUUCUCUUCCUCAGCCUGGGUGGACACAGUGUGGGACUUAGAGUUCACUGAAAGAAAACCACUUGAUGACGCUAUAGAAGAAGAACUCACAGCCAGUGAUGAGAAGUCUUUCAGAGCCCUGUACCAGUGUUUACUGGCCCAUGCUGAUGACCAUCAGUCUGUAGGCAGCGAUGGUGCUUCACAGAGCAUCUGGGUGGUUCUGGGGGAGAGCGGCACAUCAGUUAAGUCUCUGGUGGCUGUGCUGUCCUCCUUUAUCCUGGCAGCAAAGUCCAAAGGAGCCAACGUCCAUCAGAGGGUGAACAGCCUGUCUGCAGCCUCACUGUACCUGCUGCUGCUGAGAAUUCCAGGGAGCAUUGGCAACAAGGUUUUUCAUGAGGUUUUGUUGGACACGUGUUUGGACCUGACUUCUCACUGCUGGCCUCAGGACUCUGGAAAGAAACGCAAGAAGGACAUCCUGAAGAGUUCCCAGUCAGAGGGAAAACGCUCCAAACCACAAAGAAAAGACACUGCAGAGAUGGAAGUGGAUGAGGAAGAGGAGGAAGAAGAGGAGCUUCAUUUCAGCGGACGGGACCUGAUGAGGAUCAGAGAUGCUGUGGCUCUGCUGGUUCAAAGCCUUCUGAGGCUGAUACAGAUUUUUCCACUCAAAGACAGGCCUCAGAGCAUGAUCCACUGCGUACAGGUCUUGAGUAAGCUGCUUUACUUUGAACCCACCAUUGGCGGGCUCAUAUUUGCUGCUGAACAAGACAUUACAAAGCUGAGGAGCAUUCCAGAGAUGGCUUUCCAUGGCCUGCAGCUGCUCUGCUUGCCAAAACACGGAGACCAGAAAGAAUCCUUGAGGCGGGUGUUCCACCAGCUGCUCUACGUGAUUCUGAUGAUGAAAAAAGGCAACCGUGGGAAGCCCUCCCUGCUUGUUCCCAGCCAGACCAUCCUCACGACUCGGAACCAGGCCGUCCAGUUUGUGUGUCAUCUUGUGGAUGAGCUGAAGGAGCUGGCACUGCCUUUCCUGCAGAUCCUCCUGCAGCAUAUCUGCUUCCAGAUGGUGGAGAAGAGCGAGUUUCGAAGCCAUGGAGCUCAGGCUGUGGGCAUGCUGACGUCUCAGAUGGCGAGCACAGACUACGCUUACUUCAUUAAGUGGCUGUCUAACUUCUCCAGACACUCAAAGAUGGUGCACCGGCUUUUCUCUGUGGAUGUGGUGAUGGUUUUGCUGGAGCAGCCAGAAAGAAGACCGGAGGAGUGUCAGGAUCCGGAUCUUGUCUGUUUCCUGACACACAAGUUCCUCAUCCAGAACCUGCUGUUUGCUCGGCGGAUGGACGAAUCUCCCACUGUCCAAGGCCAUGCCCUGAACUGCCUGGCUCAGUGCCUUGAGCUGCCUUCUCUCAAUGCUACCAAAGCUAUCCACAACCUCUUCUCUGCCUCUGGUACCCAGACGGUGCUGGAAGGUGAAAUCACAGAAGGAACUCUCAGUACCCAGCACACUCAGAAGACCUACCCCACUCUGCCAUUCAGGACUGUGGAGCUCAGCAGCACUGACAGCUCUGGUUGUUACACAAGAGAGAACGUGGCCCUCCUCCUGCGGCACGUGAAAGACUCAAAGACUAAUGUGAGGAAGGCAGCACUGCAGGCCAUGGUGGGUCUCCUGAAACAUGAUGUAAUCCCCAUGACUUGGGAGAACCUUGAGACUUUGUCAGAGCGCUGCAGAGACCCAGCUGUGUCUGUGAAGAAGAAGGCCCUGCAGUGUGUGGGAGAGCUGCUCAGUGCUAAACCAGAGUGCAGUGUGGUGCAAAAGGCGUGGCUGCAGGGUGUGGUGCCUGCUGUGGUGGACCCUGAGAACUCAGUGCAAGACAAGGCCCUGGAGGCUCUGGACCUGGUGUUGCUCAAUCAGAUCAAGCCAUACUCUGUUAACUGCCACCUGGAUGCCAGUCAGAGGCUGACCUGGAACCUGCUGAGCCUGCUGUGUCACGAGUGCCAGAACCUCAGUCGCUAUUUUAGCAGAGCCUUCACCAUCUGGUCCAAACAGAAGAAGUUCACACCAGUAUUUAUCACCAGCCUGAUCUCUCACACUGAGGCUGAUCAUGCUGCUGGGGCCUGGCUGCUCCUCUCCAAGGUCGCUGCUUCGUCCCCCAAACUGCCUUGUGGCAAGAUCCUGGACGCCUGGGACACCAUGAUCAGUUCAAAGGAUGUAAAUGUAACAACGUGCUGUCAUAUCCUGUGUGUGAUGGGAGACAUUGCCAGACAUUUGAAUGAAGAAACCAAGGACAGGGUAGUUGGUGAUCUGAUGUCCUGGUUGAAGACUUUCACUUUGCCUCUGGAGAUGAUCAGUUCUGCUGUUGAGACUCUUUAUCAGCUUGGCUGCAGUGAAGACAUGAAGCAGACUCAGGCUUUUCUGAACCAGCACUGCGGUGAGCUGGUGUUGAUGUGCGAGUCAUAUUUAGCCAGCAUCAUCCUGACUGAAAACAGAGCUCAGGACCUCGAUGAGGAGCUGAUGGUGAAACACCUCCACACUUUGGGUGUGGCAUCACUUCAGUGUCCUGCCAAAGUUAGCAAGAGGACGGUGCUGCUGGUGGAAUCCGUCCUGACGACACAUUCUGACAAACUGGCAGAGUGCCAGAAGGAGCUGCCAGGGUCGCUGCCUCUGUCUCAGUUCAAAGCAAACUCUCUGCCUACAAGGGUGAGGGCCCAUGGAGUCAUCACCUUAGGUAAAUUGUCUCUGCUGCAUGAAGAACUAGUCCAAAAGUACCUGCCUGUGUUUGCCAGGGAGUUGGAGCUCGGCACAGAGGUUUCUGUACGCAACAACAUUAUUGUGAUCAUGUGUGAUCUGUGUGUUCGGUACACCAACAUAGUGGAUCACUAUAUCCCCAACAUCUCUGCCUGUCUGCGAGACAGUGAACCUGUUAUCAGGCAGCAGACUCUCAUCAUGCUGACCAAUCUGCUGCAGGAGGAAUUCGUGAAGUGGAAGGGCUCCCUCUUCUUCCGCUUCAUGGUGGCUCUGGUUGACCCGGUCCCUGCCAUCGCCAGUCUCACUGAAUACUGCCUGCUCCACCUGCUGCUGAAGAAGAACCCAGAAAUGUUCAGCCAGCACUUCAUUGAGUGCAUUUUCCAUUUCAACUCCUACAGCAAACACAAGUCCUACAACAAGUUCCCUCAGAGUGAGAGAGAAAAAGUUCAGUUCUCCCUGAAAGGGGAGCAGCACCGCGAGAAACGCUUUCGAAUCUACCGCUUCCUGUUGGAACACUUUACAGAUGCGCAGCGCUUCAACAUCACCAACAAGAUCAACCAGACCAUUUUAGCAUGCUUUGCUGAUGAAGAGCUGCCCCUGGAUGCAGAUGGUUCUGGCAUUUUGUCAGAGACUUUCAGCAUCUUGAGCCUUAAGGAGAUGAAGCUGCACGCCAUAUCUAGCUCAGCAGGAGUUGCUGCAGGGGAGGAAGCGGAGGAGGAGAACAUGGCUGCCAUGGCCAAAGCUGUCUUGCAGGCUGCGCAGAAGAAAGUGGUGUCACAGGUUCAGAAGAAGACCUUCAUCGAGAACACAGUUCCUCUCAUCAUCAGCCUGAAGAACCUGCUGGAGCAGAAGCACUCUCCUGUUCUUGGAAACCUCAUGUCCUACCUCCAGGUGACCAUGCAGGACUACCGUAACGAGGUGAAGGAGUUUUUCUCUGGAGACGAGCAGCUGGCUUCUGAAAUUGAGUUUGUUCUGAAGACAGCAGAAAAGGAGCGAGAGAUGCUGGAGCAGAUGAACACCUGCAGCCUGGCAGGAGAUGCCAAAACACCAAAGGCACAGGGUUCAGUCCAGGGCUCUCCUGUCAGAUCCAGGCCCCUGCUGCCAUUUAACUUUGCCACACCGCAACCACCUCGUCUGAACUUCCAGGCUGCUAGACUGUCACUCACUGAUCGUGUGCACAGAUCCAGGAGGGAGGAAGAUGUCCAGUCUAAAUCGAUCACUCUAGAAGGAACAGUGAUGGUAAAAGGAGCUGUGAAGGACAGAGCCAUCAGCACACCAAAAGGUUUCAACAUCAACUUAACUUUUGAUGAAGGUGUCAGUGCAAUCCUCAGUGACCAAGGCACAAGUGGAGAGAGCAGCGUUCUUCAUGUGCGAUCCAGUGAGCAGCAAGCUCCUGGACCGAGGCUGUGGAACGUGCAGUCUCCUCUGCGUCUGAGGAAGAGGAUUUAGUGGACAUUCAGUUUCUGUUGUUUUUCCCUGUGUACAUCUAUCAUUCUUACUACUCCUUAGAGCUUUAUUUCUUUUCAUUCUUUGGUUGCAUUUUGUUGCCUUCUAUGAAAUGGACAAAAUACACU